AUGUAUGCCAUGUCCCACUUGACCCACACCAAGGUCGUACGAUGCUUAGCGAAAAAACUGAAAUCCGAUAGAAUGGCUCCAAUGGUGACACGCAAAGUGCUCACCCUACUGUCAUCUUAUCUAAUUGUGCAAGUAAGGAAUAAUCAAAUUGGACUAGAUGCAUGGUGCCAUUCUGCCCCAGAUGAUAGCCUUCGAUUCUGGUGUUUGCAGUUGCGAGAUAUGGAUAGAAUGGCUCGCUCAUCAAAAUACUUUGGGAAAGUUGUAGCUAACAAAUUUGUAAAUGAAGUCAAAUACAUCACAAAAAAUAAUCCUAACAUUCUCAGAACAAGAUUAGAGGAGGGAAGAGUAGUUCCUUCACUUAAAAGGACGUACAACACCCCUGCUCGGACUAUCUACGAAUGUUUCAAUUUGACGUGCGUAUGUGGAUUCAUGGGAGGUAGUAUGAGGACUGGUAGAUGUGUUCUGCGAAAUGGUGUGUUGUUGAACCAAGCAUAUCGAAAGGAGUACCGAGCACUUACCGAUGACGAGCGAAACAGAUUUCAUUCUGCCAUGUGGGCCGUAAAAAACUCCGGAGUCUACGAUUAUUUCGCCCGAAUUCAUUCCCGUUUUGCUAUUGCCACUGGAGCCCAUGCAGGUCCUGCGUUUGUGCCAUGGCACAGAGAAUAUCUUAAAAGAUUAGAAUUCGCCCUAAGGACGGUAGAUCCGAGUGUUGCCAUGCCAUACUGGGACUCCACUUUGGAUAGUCGUUUACCUAACCCAGGGCAUUCAGUUUUGUGGACUGAUGAACUGUUGGGUGGGUCGAGAUAUGGAGAAGUUAGAGAUGGUGCAUUCAGAGGGUGGCUACUCGAGAAUGUAAAGCCUUUUAGAACUCGCAUAAUCAGAAGAGCUGUUGGAGUGAGUUCCAGGCCUAUAAAUGUGACUUCGUUUCUCACAUUUAUCAGUUCUCCUAACGUUCAGCAGCUCCUUGCUUCUCCUGCCGCACAGGAAGAUUGUCCCAUACCAAGAACUUGGCAGGCUCUUGAGCUUGUACAUGGUAGUCCACAUAUCUUUGUCGGUGAAGACAUGGUGUUUCUUGCAAACUCUGCUAACGAUCCUGCUUUUUUUCUACACCAUUCCUUCGUCGAUUACAUUUGGGAGACCUGGCGGCAGGGAAUACAGCCCAGACAAAAUCGAGAAAGUGAGUAUCCCAGAGAUGACUCUCGAUGUAGCAGUGCUGCUCAUUUUGCUCAUGCUCCAAUGCUUCCAUUUUUACCUAUGUUGAACAUUGAUGGCCUAAGCAACGAGUACACGGGUAGUCUUUUUUUCUUCUUACAGACGUUUUUGAAGUUUCUUGAGCUAUGGAUAAACAAGAAUUUGUUAUCUUUCCUAGAUUAUCUCUAUCGUUACGCUGGGCGACCUACCUGCUCAUACAACAAUCGUAACUGUGGAUCAAGGUAAGU